GGGCGCGCGCGCGCGUUCUCCACGUGCGCGCCUCGCGCAGUCAAGUCGAGAGCAAGGAGGAGGAGGGGUAGUACUUAUACGCGCGCGUGGCCGGGGCAGACCGGCCAGAGGAAGGAGACGACCAUCCAACUGAAGGCCAGGAGACGCCGGCCGGGGUUCGUCGGCUCCACAUCCAUCUAAUUAAUCUGCCUACUAGCUAGUCGAUCGUCGAUCGAUCGAGACUCGAACUCGAGAGGAGGAUCGACGACUAGAGGGCUAGGCUAGUGAUCGAUAUAUGGAGGGCGGGAGGGACGACGACGGUGGUGGCGACGCCUACAGAGCGGCGGCGGCGGCGAAGGAGCGACGGCGGCGGUGGUGCGGCGAUGAUGAGGAGAGUAGUGACGGGAGCAGCGGCGGCGGCGGCGGUGGCGGCGUCGAGCUCAGCCUGCGUCUCAGGACGGGGGCGGACGACGACGGUGCCGCGAGUGCAGCUACUCCUCCUCCGGCGCCGGUGGCGCAGGCGGCGGAGGCGAGGAGGAACAUGACCAUCUUCUACAACGGCCGGGUGUGCGCCGUCGACGUCACCGAGGUCCAGGCAAGGGCGAUCAUAUCCAUGGCGAGCGAGGAGACCCUGCAGGCGGCGGACCACCGGCGGCAGCAGCUGAUGCGGGGAGACGGCGACGACUGCCGCCGCCGCCGCCUGCAGGACGGUGACGGCGACAGAAGCAGCAGCAGCACUAGCGCCGUGCCGCCGCGGUGCGCGCGCGACAGCGGCCUCGUGAGACCGGCGGCGGCGGCAGCGCCGUCGCGGCUGCUGGCUGCCGCCGGCGUCGUCGGUUCUUCUCGGCAGGGCGGCGGCGGCGUUGCCGCGCCGGUGGUCGAGAUCGACCCCGCGGCGGCCGCCGGGCUGUCCAUGAAGCGGUCGCUGCAGCUGUUCUUGCAGAAGCGCAAGGCCAGGACGGCCGCCGCUGUCGCGCCGCCCUACGCUGCCGGCGGCCGCCAGGCUCAGGCUGUCAGGCGAUGAGGCACUAACCGAACCGCCCGGCAGCCGGCCUUGCUGACGUCGUCGUCUGGUCUGAUAGCUAGCUAGAUCAAAGAGCUCUCUUUUUAAUUUUUUUUUUCUGUUGACAUGAGGGGCAGCGUGCAUCGCUCGCAGUAUAUAUAUAUAGUUUGUUUGUUUUUUUUUCCGACACUUGUCUCGUUAAGACGGAAAGAUAGUUUGUUUAUUUUCGACGAGAUUGGAAUUUGAUUGGAAUCUGCUGUUUGUUCU